UGAGGUCACGUCGUGUAUCCCAGAUCGUUGUGGCUACGUGCGGCUCUCGCACCCCACCAAAACCCCCCAUUCAUUCGCCACGUCACUUGUGCUCCAGCCUCCAUUUCAUUCAACUCAACUACACAGCAGAAAUCCAUCCAUCCCCCUCGAAGCACCGUCCGCAAACCCCACCUACCACGAACGCAACCCCGCCAUAUCCUCUUCAGCAAAAUGUCCGCCAUCCACAUCGACGCCAACCUCGACCCGCUAGAACCGUCUCUGCAGCCGAUCCUCGACCAGACGUCGCUGCGCUGGAUCUUCGUCGGCGGCAAGGGCGGAGUCGGCAAGACGACCACGUCGUGUUCGCUCGCGAUCCAGCUCGCCAAGGUGCGCGAAAGCGUGCUGCUCAUCUCCACCGACCCCGCGCACAACCUCUCGGAUGCGUUCAACCAGAAGUUCGGCAAGGAGGCGCGGAAAGUCAAUGGCUUCGACAACCUGUCCGCGAUGGAGAUCGACCCAUCUGGGUCGAUCCAGGAGCUCCUCGAGAGCGCUGAGGGCGCCAACGCCGGAAACCCCCUCGGUGGCGUCAUGCAGGACAUCGCCUUCAGCAUUCCCGGAGUCGACGAGGCCAUGUCCUUCGCCGAGGUGUUGAAGCAGGUGAAAAACCUGUCCUACCAGGUCAUCAUCUUUGACACGGCGCCGACCGGACACACGCUGCGGUUCCUGCAGUUCCCGACGGUGCUGGAGAAGGCGCUGGGGAAGAUCAGCGAGCUGAGCGGACGGUUCGGGCCGAUGCUGAACGGCAUCCUGGGCUCGCAGGGUGCUCCGCAGAUGGAGGAGAUGAUGUCGAAGAUGCAGGGCAUGCGCGAGGUCAUUGGCGAGGUUUCAAAGCAGUUCAAGGAUACCGAGUUGACAACGUUUGUCUGUGUGAUGAUUGCCGAGUUCCUGUCACUCUACGAGACAGAGCGCAUGAUCCAGGAGCUCAACAGCUACGAAAUUGAUACUCAUAGUGUCGUCGUCAACCAGCUGCUCUUCCCGGCGCAGGGCAGCGCCUGCGACUACUGCAACGCGCGACGGAAGAUGCAGAAGAAGUACUUGGGCGAGAUCGAACAGCUCUAUGAGGACUUCAACGUCGUCAAGGUUCCUAUGCUCACGGAGGAGGUACGAGGAACGGAGAAGCUGAAGAGCUUUUCCGAGAUGCUGGUGAAACCUUACAAUCCACCAGGGGAGCUGUAGAUAUGGCGCAAGAGAACCGUUAGAGGGGAUCGAGAGCGAUAGAUACGAAUCGUAUCGUCUGGGUUUCGGAGGGGGGUUUGUCGAAAAGACCGUGGAAUGGGCGUUCACUGCAUGCCAAUACCGCAU